AGAGAGAGAUUAUCAUCAUGGUGACAAUUCGAUCCAGUUCGGCGAGACGGCCGUCAGAAACAACCAUAUCCUCAGCCGGCUAGGCCGAAUUUGCCAGCACACAAUCAGUUUUCAACCUCAUUCUUCUGUGAAUCUCUUUAAAAGGCUCUUCUUUGGAGGACUCAGUCAUAUAUAUAUUAAUUCUUUUGCUCUACUGUUUUCCAUCGAUAUCACCUUCCUUUGGAUUUUCAUGGCGAAACUAUCACGGAAGAACAAUGCCAGCAGCAAUUUGAUCAGCAACCACCUUGGCGUCACUAACACGGGGGUGACCACGAAAGUGAAACGAACAAGAAGAAGUGUCCCCAGAGACUCUCCUCCUCAACGCAGCUCUGUAUACCGAGGAGUCACUAGACACCGGUGGACUGGCCGGUACGAAGCUCACUUGUGGGACAAGAAUUGUUGGAACGAGUCGCAGAACAAGAAGGGAAGACAAGUAUAUCUGGGUGCUUAUGACGAUGAAGAAGCAGCAGCACAUGCUUAUGAUUUAGCAGCAUUGAAAUACUGGGGUCAAGACACGAUCCUUAACUUUCCGUUGGCAACGUAUGAGAACGAAAUGAGAGAAAUGGAGGGUCAAUCGAGGGAAGAGUAUAUUGGAUCGUUAAGGAGGAAAAGCAGUGGUUUUUCCCGCGGAGUUUCUAAGUACAGAGGCGUUGCCAGACAUCAUCACAAUGGAAGAUGGGAAGCUCGGAUUGGCAGAGUUUUCGGCAAUAAAUAUCUGUAUCUUGGUACUUAUGCUACUCAAGAAGAAGCUGCCACGGCUUAUGAUAUGGCGGCUAUAGAAUACCGUGGCCUUAACGCCGUCACCAACUUCGAUCUCAGCCGUUAUAUAAAGUGGCUUAAGCCUAAUUCCAACGGCAACAAUAUUAUUAAUCUUAGCGAUCAAUCUAACUGUGAUCCUAACGGUAAUGUGGCAACCUUAACGACAUCAAACCCUACUCAAGAGCAUAGGUUCAGCUUCUUCCACAACGUCCAGCUUGAUCAGGACUCGUUCGACGUUAUUAAUGGCGGAGAAGAAGGCACGCUGACUCAGCCCCAUCCGGCAAACACGGCGACAUCUGCCACGUCAGCUCUAGGUUUGCUGCUUCAGUCGUCCAAGUUCAAGGAAAUGGUGGAGAUGACGUCCACGGCAGAUUUGUCGGCGCCGGAGUCCGAGAUGCCGACGCAGUGCAGGUUUCCCGAUGAUAUUCAGACAUACUUUGAGUGUGAAGACUCCAACAUGUACAGUAAGGGGGAAGGGGAUGAUCAUUUCCUGUUCAGCGAUCUCAACUCAUUCGUGCCUCCUCUGUUCCACUGUGAUGACUUUGAAGCCUGAAAGAUACAUACAAAGAAAAUAAAGAACUUUGAUCUGAUUAUUGAUUGAUAUUAUUGUCAUUAUUUUGGACUGGUAUACGUAGAAAUUAUUUUUCUAGCUG